CCGAGGAGCCGCCGGUUGUCUCGUGGUCGCGCGCAACAGGCCGAACCGGUUUCCGUGCUUUGUCUUGAAGACAGAACAAUGCCAAAGAAAGCGAAGGCUGCAGGGAAUGGGAAGGAAGAGGGGCCUGUGCCUUGUAAACAGGUGAAAGUGGAGGCAGCUGGUGAAGUUUUUGCUUUAAACUUUGACAGUCCCAGUGGGCUGUUUGAAAGUUUAAUCUCACCCAUCAAGACAGAGACGUUUUUUAAGGAGUUUUGGGAGCAGAAGCCCCUUCUCAUUCAGAGAGAUGAUCCUGCCCUGGCCACAUACUACCAGGCACUGUUCAGGCUGUCAGAUCUGAAGAGUCUGUGUGGCCAGGGUAUGUACUACGGAAGAGAUGUCAAUGUCUGCCGGUGUGUCAAUGGCAAGAAGAAGGUUUUAAAUAAAGAUGGCAAGGCACACUUUCUUCAGCUGCGAAAAGAUUUUGAUCAGAAAAGGGCAACAAUUCAGUUUCACCAGCCACAGAGAUUUAAGGAUGAGCUUUGGAGGAUCCAAGAGAAGCUAGAAUGCUACUUUGGCUCCUUGGUUGGCUCUAAUGUGUACAUAACCCCUGCCGGCUCUCAGGGCCUGCCACCCCAUUAUGAUGAUGUGGAGGUUUUCAUCCUGCAGCUGGAGGGAGAGAAACACUGGCGCCUCUACCACCCCACUGUGCCCCUGGCGCGAGAGUACAGCGUGGAGUCGGAGGACAGGAUUGGGCGACCGACACAUGAGUUCACGUUGAAGCCAGGUGAUUUGCUCUACUUCCCCAGAGGGACCAUCCAUCAAGCGGACACUCCUCCAGGGCUGGCCCACUCCACACAUGUGACCAUCAGCACAUACCAGAACACUUCCUGGGGAGAUUUCCUUUUGGACACCGUCUCGGGGCUUGUGUUUGAUGCCGCAAAGGAAGACCUGGAGUUACGGGCCGGCAUCCCCCGGCAGCUGCUCCUGCAGGCAGAAACCACAACUGUUGCAACAAGAUUAAGUGGUUUUCUGAGGAUGCUUGCAGACCGGCUGGAGGGCACCAAGGAACUGCUUUCUGCAGACAUGAAGAAGGAUUUCAUUGUGAACAGACUCCCGCCUUACCACGGAGGAGACGGAGAUGAGCUUUCAACACCAGCUGGACAGUUACCAAGACUGGACAGCACAGUGAGACUGCAGUUCAAAGACCACAUCAUCUUCACCCUGGGGCCGGACCAAGACCCAUCUGAUGGAACUCGAGAAAAGAUGAUUUAUAUCUAUCAUUCGUUAAAGAAUAGGAGAGAGAUACACAUGAUGGGAAAUGAAGAAACACAGUCUCAUGGACUUCGCUUUUCUUUAUCACACAUGGAUGCACUGAAACAGAUUUGGAACAGUUCAGCUAUUCCUGUCAAGGACCUGAAACUUAAUUCAGAUGAGGAAAAGGAAAACCUGGUAUUAUCCCUCUGGACAGAAUGUUUAAUCCAAGUAAUCUAGUAUUUCAUACUAACCUUAAGUGAACAGACUGGGUGGGAGGCAUGGCUAAGCACAGCUGUCCUUACGUGCGUGCACUAAAUAAUCCAGAAAGUGACAACACUGUACUUUUUACAAGUUUAUUAGUCCAGUGUGGUAGAAAAGGCACAACUUCAGUAAAGGUAUCAUUUAAAUUUAGAGAAUGUUACUUAGAUUUUUGUCUUUGGGAAAAGCAAUUUCCUUAAAAUUGUAGAAUUGAUGAGGCUUUUUAAACAACAUGAAAAAACAAAUAUUUACUUGGUUUUUACAAUAAAAAUAUACAUACCUUUGUUGUCUAUGCAAGCCCAUUCCAUUAAAUACUGCCCUGCUAAUGAGAGGCACUCAACAUCUGUGGGCUGAAGGAAGUUUAACAGAUGCUACUGAAUGACAAAGGAUCCUGAGAUUGAAGGGGGAAAACUCAGUAUUUACAUGGAAAUACCCAAGUCUCUAUAAAAAAUACUUAAGAUAGUGGCUUUUUGAGGUUAAACAGUUCAAUGUUAUUUUACAUUCUAAAGUGCAUACAGGUUG